CUUCUUCAUUUUGUAUCAAGUGCACAAAUAAGCACUAUAUGAUACCUAAAAUUUAAACACACACAUAUAUACACAUAUCAAUUUUUUUUUAAUAAUUAAUAUAGUAGAGAGAGUACUAUAUAUAAUAAUUUCUAUACAAUUAUAAUAUCAAUAAUAUGGCAAAAUCAAUCUCUGGGGUUGUGGUAGCUUGGUCUUUAUUAGCUACUCUUCUGGCUUCUUCAAUGGCCUCAGCCACAAUAGUGCACCAUUCUCUAUAUAUAAAAAACUUGACUGUAAACUAUCUAUGUGAGGAACAAGUAGUGAUUGCAGCAAAUGGAAGCUUGCCAGGACCAACCAUAAGAGUCCAUGAAGGUGACACCCUUGUCAUCAAGGUUGUCAACCUUUCACCCCACAACAUUAGUAUUCAUUGGCAUGGAAUAUUCCAACUUCAGAGUGGAUGGGCCGAUGGCCCAGAAUAUGUGACCCAAUGUCCCAUAGGAAGUGGUGACAGCUAUACAUACAAAUUUAAUAUCAUUGGACAAGAAGGCACUCUUUGGUGGCAUGCACACUCCUCUUGGCUCAGGGCAACAGUCUUUGGAGCUCUCAUCAUAUAUCCUAAACCUAAUCCAUUGAGACCAACUCCUUACCCAUUUCCUACACCCUACAAGGAUGUUCCUAUACUAUUGGGGGAAUGGUGGAAUGGUAAUGUGGUUGACAUUGAGAAAGAGGCUCUUCUUAGUGGUGGAGCUCCUAACAUAUCUGAUGCUUUCACCAUCAAUGGAAAACCCGGUGACUUUUACCCUUGCUCUAAAAAUGAUACAUACAAGGUAAAGGUGAUGAAAGGAAAAACCUACAUGCUUCGUAUAAUCAAUGCUGCACUCAAUAAUCAACUAUUUUUCAAGAUAGCCAAUCACAAAAUGACAGUUGUUGCUGUCGACGCAUCUUACACGAACCCAUAUAUCACUGAUGUUGUCGUAAGUGGUCCUGGUCAAACUAUCGAUAUUCUCUUCACUGCUAACCAAGAUGUUGGAUCUUAUUACAUGACCGCUCAUCCCUACAUAACCGUUGCUGGUGCACCCUUUGAUAACACAACAACUAGGGGUAUUAUUGUCUACGAGGGUUCCACGUCAUCAACCCCAAUCAUGCCUGUCUUACCAGCUUUCAAUGAUACUCCCACAGCCCACACAUUCUUUACUAACUUAACUGGGUUGGCCGGUGGGCCCCAAUGGGUCCCAGUCCCACUCCACGUUGAUAAACAUAUGUUUAUAACCAUAGGAUUAAGUCUUGACUUUUGCAAAUCAGGGAAUGCCACGUGUCCGGGUCCUUUUGGACAGAGUUUCUCAGCUAGUAUGAACAAUCAAUCGUUUGUGUUACCAAAAACAAUAUCCAUUUUGGAAGCAUAUUUUUCUGGUGUGAGUGGAAUUUACACAACUAAUUUUCCUAAACGGCCUCCAACGAAGUUUGACUACACGAACACAAGUUUGAGUAUUGACCAAUCAUUGUUGUUCGCACAAAAAGGGACGAAAGUGACGAAAUUAAAGUUCAAUGAAGUGGUGGAGAUAGUGUUCCAAAACACAGCUCUCAUUGGUGUUGAAAACCAUCCAAUUCAUCUUCAUGGCUUCAACUUCCAUAUCUUGGCACAAGGCUUUGGUAAUUUCAAGAGUCGUCGUGAUAGUAAGAAAUUUAACUUAGUUAAUCCUCAAAUUCGUAACACCAUUGGUGUCCCGGUUGGCGGUUGGGCCGUCAUUCGAUUCCAAGCUAAUAAUCCAGGUAUAUGGUUGAUGCACUGCCAUCUAGAUGUGCAUUUGCCAUGGGGAUUAGCUACUGCAUUUGAGGUUGAGAAUGGGGACACUCCCUCCUCUAAGCUUCCACCACCACCCAAAGAUCUACCAAAAUGUUUUUGAGAAAAAAAAAAAAAGAAAACCUUACACAAAUCUCAUUUUCUGUAUCUGUUUACGUAGCUAUUUUCUUAACACUACCCGUUUGGUUUUUAUUCUUUUGAUUCGUUUGAUUAAGGAAAUUAAAAUAUAUGGACACAUAUAUAUAAUAUAAUGUAUACGGGUCAAAGGUGUGGUGUUCUCACUUUUCCAAUUGUAUAAUAUUGAUGAAAGUGUAGACACUUUGUUUGUUUGUUGUAUUUAAUCAUGGUCACUAUUAUUCUUUCUAAGAAUAACAUUAUUUGUAUCUGUUUUUGGGAAAGUAAAAUUGAAUUAAGAAAA